AUGGAAAAAUGCUACCGCUCUAAGCUUGGAAUAGUUUCCAAGGCCAAUUACACAUCUCUGAUCAGUUGCCAACGCCUUGGUUUUGAGAAGAAGGGCCUGGCAAUAAACUUUAGCCCUCGUGAAGCUUGGGCAGAUAGCAAUGAGACUGUAGACUAUACUUGUGAAGUCCUGAAGUGUGCUGAAGCAGAUGGCGGAUUGUCGAUGGUGAAUGACUCCAGAUAUGAUUACUAUAGUAUUUAUGCGAAGCCUAUUCCUCACGUUAACACCACAUGUGUACCAACCCUGGGCAUGUUCUUCGUCAUCACAAAGAGGCAAAACUACACACUAGGAUACCGUCAGUGCAAGAACGUCAGCGCUUUACCAGUCGACGUUACCAGCGAGCAACGUACUGAUGCAUUGGCUCAGCUCCUGGCGAGUUCCAGUUUAGAUAUGGCAUUUGUAGGCCUCAGGAGUAAAAAUGGAAGUGCUUUUAUUAGCGUAAAUGAAACUACAACGGAAUCACAAAGUGAUGACGAAUAA